UUAAUGAAUGUUAUUCCUUGGUUUUCAUUGGGCUGUCUCGCAGCAACAGACACCAGGUGAAAUCUCUUGUCUGGAUUCAUAACAAGAGAAUCAUUUUGGGAAGAAGAUUUAAAGGAACAGUUUAAAAAAAAACAAUGAACUUGGUCACAAGACCGGAGACAAUGACUAAUCUCCAGGAAAUCAUCACUGGAUACAGGACAACUUUCCAGAAACAACGAUUCAUGGCAGCAACAGCUAUGAAGAGAAUGAAGAAUUAUAUCUACUGGCUUUAUUUUCAAUACUUGAUGAUUACCUGCUGCAAUGACUUCGAACAUUGGGAACAAAUAGUGAUCCACGUUUUUGUUACUACUACUUUUACCAUGCUGGCAUACACAGCUUAUGUGUUCAUUCCUAUUCAUCUGCACCUGGCGUAUCAAUUCUUUCUACAAUUUUUAAUCAAAUAGCAAAGGAAGACACUGAACUAUACCUAUUGCAACCAAGCCUGGAUGUUUUUGUAUUGUUUUGCUUCAUCUGUGUAAAUAGAAAAUUUAAAAACAUUUAAUAUCUUUCCUUCCUAAAUUAUUAUAUCAAUUGAUACCCUUAGAUGUGUUAACUUGGGGGAGUUGCUAAAGGUUUGGAUAGUUUUCACAAUGUAUUUUACUACAUUUUUUUUUAUUAUUAUCAGACAAUGAAAUGAAGUGAAACUAAAAGUGGGUAGAGAUAUUGAGAGGGAAGAUGAGGGAAAAUAUCAAAUAUGUAUACAAACUGAUAAACAAAAAGUAAUGGGAAAGUGAGUUUCAGUCUGAUAUUAAAGAUGUAAUUUAAGACUUCUGAACUAAAGCCUUCUGAACUUGCUGUAAAAUGUGUUUUAAGAGGAAUUUUUAUCUGGCACUUUGUUUCACUGCUAAUAUUUAGAGAUCUGUUGUUUCUAUCUUGGAUACCAAAUGGCCUGAUUUAAAUAUUAGAUGUUCAUGUGGUAAA